AUGAGGCUGUUAAGUUGGAACUGCCAAGGGCUUGGGAACCUUUGGAUAGUUCAAAACCUUCACAAAUUAGUGAGGGAACAAGCUCCUGAUGUUUGCUUCUUAAUGGAAACAAGGUUGGAUCGAAGUGGAUUUGAGAAGCAUUGUGGUGAUGUACCUUUUAAAAAUAAAUUAAUAGUGAAAAAGCCUAAUUCGGGUGGAGGGUUGGCUUUGCUUUGGAAGGAGGAGGUGACUUUAGAUGUUAUUAAUUUUAGUGAUAACCAUAUUAUGGCUAAGGUUGUGGAGAAGGAUGGUUUUGUGUGGUAUCUCACAGGGUUUUAUGGAUGGCUAGAGGCAAAUGAAAAACGGAAGCUGUGGGCACUUUUAUCUCAUUUAAAGUCUUUUGUUGAGGGUCCAUGGUGUUGUAUUGGGGAUUUCAAUGUCAUACUUCAUGAAUCAGAAAAACAAAGUGUCAGUGCACCUUAUCAUAAUCAGAUGGAGGAUUUUCGAGUUGCUUUGGAGAAUUGUGAAUUGAUAGAUUUGGGUUUUAUUGGGCAUAAAUUUACUUGGACAAACCAACGGCCAGGAUCAGCCCACACAAAACAAUGUUUAGAUAGAGCUGUUGCUGACAAAGAUUGGAUUGAAAAGUUCCCUGCUAGUUCGGCGUCUCACUUGUUCAGCCAUGCUUCUGAUCGUAUUCCUAUUAUGUUAAGAACUAUGAAUGAUAAGCGGCUUAGGGGAAGGGGGGCUGGUGGUUUUAAGUUUGAGGAGAGUUGGUUGUUAUGGGAUGAUUGUGAGGAAGUUGUGCAUGAGGCGUGGACAAAUGGUGGGCAGGGCAGUCCAAGUUUGAGGAGUGUUAUGGACUGA